AUUUACGCCCUUUCUUAGCUUCUUAGCAUUAUAGAGGUUGUGUGAUUACGUACCGGUGAAGGACCGUGCUGAGAACAAAAAGCGUAGUGACAGAUAAACGAAGCGCAGGAACUAGUAUCCAAGUGAAAGCCUGCUGCACUUAACAGUGAACACUUCAAGAUGGUUUUAGAAACGAUUUCGAGGAUAAUAAAAGUGCAGCUUCCAGCGUACUUGAAGAAACUUCCUCUCCCGGAGACAAUCGGUGGCUUUGCAAGCUUAACAGUGUCCGAGUGGCUGCGGUUGCUGCCUCUACUAGGCAUCUUGGCUUUGCUGGGUUACCUGACCAUUCGACCCUUCUUCCCCAAGAAGAAGAAGCAGAGAGACAGCCUGAUCAACCUAAAGAUUCAGAAGGAGAACCCCAAAGUGGUCAACGAGAUAGACAUUGAGGAUCUGAACAGUGCAAACGUUUGCUACUGUCGCUGUUGGCGUUCCAAAACGUUUCCUGUUUGUGACAAGUCUCACUUAAAGCACAACGAGCUGACGGGAGACAAUGUGGGACCGCUCAUACUCAAGAAGAAGAUCCUAUAAUUGAACACUGAGCCCCCCCCCCACACACACACACACACAUUAUUUGCAUUUAUUUACACAUGCUGGUCAGAAAUGUGUCAUUGAGUUGUCAUCUGAAGGAGUGUGUUGACAAAAGGAACGUUUUGGCUUAUUUAGUUUUGCCGCUUUAUGCCCUCACAUUUCAGCAACCAUUUUUAUUAUUUCUUUCCAAGGGACAAUGCUGCAGAAACAAAACUUGGAUAUACUUAAGAAUAGUCAGUAUACAGACUGGCAUCCAUUUACCAUCCACUGAAAAUACUUUUGUCGAAAUAGCUGGCAACACAAGUCCAAAUGGACAUUUCCCCCCAAUGAACCAUAGCUCACUCAGACCAUGACACUACAACCACCAUGAAUUGCCUGUUGCCAAGACACAUGUUGAUAUGUACUUGUAUUUAGACAAUAAUGGUGGUUUGUUGACACAUUUACAGUGGAUAAAUCUAUACUGCUGUAAUAUAAAGUAUAUUCAACUUUACUUUCUAUAAUAUUGUACUUUGUAUGGUUGUCACAAGAUUAUUCAGAAAAAAUGUCUAGUGGGCACAAGGCCCGGGCCAAUAAUAAUCACACAAUAAAUUAACUUGAUCAUUUUGCUAGCCUUAAUAAAUUACCAUUUGGACCAGGCAGGACGAUGGUUCACUUUAUGCAUUGGUUUCAGCACCUUGACGCGUUUGUUUGACAAACGGCAUGGACGGAGUGAGCUAUUUUGAAAUUAUAAUGAAAAAUGGUUGCUGUGAUGUCAGGAGUAUACUGACUUCUGUGAGAUACUGUAAAUUGGAUUUUAGUCUACACAUCAUGGGGACCACUUUGAGGGGAUAACAGAAUUGCAGUGACCUUACAUGUGAAGUAAAAUAUCUGUAUAAGCCUAUUUUACUAUGUGCUACCAUUCUAUCCUUUCUGCCUUUCAUUACUCCCAAAUUCUAACUAAUGUGAAGCCCUCAAGCAUUAAGUUAUUAUGAGAGACUCGCUGCAACAUUUCUGAUGCCCUCGAGCACCUGUUGAUUUGAACUUGCACAUUUGAGUUAUAUCGCCUAUACCGUACAAGUCUACAUGGCCUUCUACAGAGGUUUUUUAGGGAUAUCAGCAGGAUCUAUAUUUGCAUUUAUUCUUAUCUUGUAUACCAUAAAAAUGACUGUAAAUACUGUAGUUCUCGCAGGAGUAUGUCAGCAAUAUUUUUACAUAAAAGCUUAAUACAAUCGAAAGUGAAUGUUUAUCAUGUGUUCUAAAUAAUGGUUUGAAUGAUCCCCCCAAAGCAUAUCAGCUAAGACACAAUCAUGUUUCGAGCUAAAUGCUAACAAGUGAAUAUGUCAUGUUUGAGGUUAAAAAUGUCCACAUGUACAAUAAAGAAACAACUAAAAA